AUGUCGUCCCCCCGCGGGGGUAGCAGCAGAGGAGGAAGAGGAAGAGGAAGAGGCGGAGGCGGUGCGCUGCCGCGCGAGGUGCAGGUGUCGAAGAAGAUGAGCCGGAUCCUGCGCCACUCGGCCGAGGCCGAAGGCUUGACGCUGGGCGAGGGCGGGUACGUGUCGGUGCGGGCGCUGCUCCAGACAAACACGAUGAAGUCGCUGCACGUCAGCUUCGCCGAGCUCCGCGCCAUCGUCGCCGCCAACGACAAGCAACGCUUCUCCCUCAUCCCCGUCUCCGAGACGACGCCCGACUCCGCCGACUCCGACGACUCCGACCCCGCCCGCUUCCUCAUCCGCGCCAACCAGGGCCACAGCAUGGCGUCCGUCGCGAGCGAAGGCCUCCUCGCGCCGCUGACUGCCGAAACCGACGACGACUUCCCCGCAAUGUGCGUCCACGGGACCACGGCCGCGGCUUGGCCGGCCAUCCUCGCUGCGGGCGGACUCAAGCCGAUGGGGAGGAACCACGUGCAUCUGGCGCCGGGGCUGCCGAGGGGGUUUGCCAGGAUUGAGGACGCGGCGGCUGAGGCUGAGGCUGAGGGCGAGGCUCCGGCUGCGGCGGCUCAGGGCGAGGGCGAGGGCGAGGUAAAGGAUGUCGUCCAGCCACCGCCCGUCAUCUCUGGCAUGCGCAACUCGUCUCGCGUGCUCGUGUAUGUCGAUCUAAGGAAGGCGCUGGCUGCGGGCGUGCCGUUUUGGCGCAGUGCGAAUGGGGUCAUCUUGACGGAAGGGGAUGUAGAGAAGGGAGGGGUGUUGGGCGUGGAGUUUUUCGAGAGGGUCGAGGAUAGGAAGUUGGGACGGGUGUUGAAUUGCGGCCACCCCGGUCGAAAAUGUUCGCCGACCGCCAGCCACACGCCAGAGAAGAUCAUCUCCACCACCGAGUACCUCUAUAACCCAGAAAUCAUGGCCAGCAAGCCAGAGCUGUGUGGAGACUUCUCUGCCGACGCAGCGCCCCAAACGGCCGCCACUCUUCCACGCCGAACCCACCGCAAGUCGAGUCCGUCGCUAUCGAGCGGCGAAAGCGCCGCCGCCGUCAAGCCCGCCGCUGCAGCGACCGCGACUGCGACUACCCCCGCGCACGGCGAUCACUCUAUGGGUGAGGCAAGCGAUGCCGAGUCGGAUUCGAGCGUCGUCAGCACAUCUUCCGAGGAGCCCAGCUCCGAGUCAGACGAAGAAGACACGCCUAUGGAUACGGAAGAGAUUACAUCGCUACCUCUACCGCCCGAUGCCGAGGCUCGCCGUAGAAUCUACCAGCGACAAGCUCCCCCAUCGUCAGCACUUGGCGAGCGUCUGAAGGCAUUCCUGCCGCAAUUGGCUGCUGCAAACGACGAGCUUGAGAGAGAUCGCGCUGCAGGAAAGCUAGCAGCAAUGUCCCUGGAAAAUGUGGGAGAAGGCGAUGAGAGCUAUAUCGAACUAAAUCUGGGCCUCGGUGUACUAAAGGAUAGAGAUCCGAACAAGAUGGAUAGCGACAGUGAAAGUAAUGAAGACGCCGACGCCGACGACGAGAUGGAUACUGGUGAAGACAGCCAGGAGUCGAGGGAGGAGGACGUCCUUGCCAAGCUCAUGGGGAAAAAGAAGACGAAAGCUGGAGCUGGCAUACAGGAAGUGUCGGGCCAGUGA